AUGUCUAUGAGAAAAGGUAAAAUAUCUAAGGAUAAUAAAAUCUCAGCGAUUGCAUGGGUUGGUUAACAAAAAUUAAAGCAGUUAAUGGUUAAAAAUGAGAGAAAAUAAAAUGAAAAGGCAUAACACGCUUUCUUUCUCUUCUUUUCCACCUUAAAUCCAAUAUAUAUGCUCCCUCCGUCCCAUUUUAUGUGAUAUAGUUUGACUGAGCACAAAGUUUGAGAAAUAAGGGAAGACUUUGCAAUGUUCCAAAACUACCUUGAAGAUAAAAGAAGUUUUACAUAGAAGAGUGCACGUUUGUAAACUUGUUACCAAAUAAGUGGUAUCCAACAAGGAUAAAAUGUUGAUAGUGUCAUUAAAUAUUUGUCAAAUAUGGAGAUAUGUCCUUCCUUUAGGGACUGACUAGAAACAAAAAUGUGUCACAUAAAUUCGGACAGAUGGUGUAUAUAAUAUAUUUUCUUUUCUUAUUUUCUUUCACUUUUGCAUGGUACACUGACACUUACUAUACUUCCUUCCCUUACAAAGUUUUCAUCUCUUUUUGCCACCGCCUCAUUCUCAAUUCUCUUCUCUCAUUCUCUCGAUUCAAUUCUCCUUAUACAUCUCUCUCUCUCUAUCUGCAUUUUUUUUUGUGUAAUCUGAGUGGGAUUUUUGUUUAUCAAGACUCUUUCUUCAUCUUUUCGGUUGUUCUUACUCAAAUCUUUCCCUUUCUUUUGUUGUUAAUUAAGGCCUUUCUUUUGUUGAUCAUGGCUAGCUUAGAGGCUCAACACGUUCUUGACCUUGUUGUUCGUGAUUACAUAUAUAAAAGAGGUUUCCAUUGGAUUGGUGACGCAUUCUCCAACGAAAUUCGUAUUAAUCAAAAUCUUGUUGCUUUUAAUUCUCCCCAUGAAGCAUUUCUGCAAGCUUGGUGGGAAAAAUUUUAUGAGGCAUACAACUCUAGGUUCCUUGGAGUUCCUAUAUUUGCUGUUGAAUCGUUUCCUAAGGUCGCACAAAUAGUGGAACAUGUUGUGGGUAAUUAUGGUCCCACAAAUCAAUACUAUGCUUCCGAUCUUACAGGAGCAAACAUCUCUAAUGUAAUGCCUGUGAUGCCAGAAUCCAACGGUCCUGAUCUUAUGGAAGAUAAGAUUUCAGCUUUAAUGACAUCUUUGGAUGCCGGUUACGUGUUACCGGAUUUAUCUCCUCAAAGAGACAUGACAUCAGGCUUACACUUUCCCGUGAUGAGUGUUAUGGAAGAUAAGAUUUCAGCUUUAAUGACAUCUUUGGAUGCCGGUUACGUGUUACCGGAUUUAUCUCCUCAAAGAGACAUGACAUCAGGCUUACACUUUCCCGUGAUGAGUGAAAUGGAUGGCAUGCUUCCAUGUGCAAGCAAUUCUGGAUAUCAAAUGCAGCAAAUGCCAACUGUUCCUCCGGAGUGGAAUGCAAGAGUUGACAUACCUGGCGCAAACUUGGGAGGACCUAUGCUAUUGGAACCGACUAUGCAUGCCGCUGCCAACCACUUGCCUGCUUUACCUGAACUAUCUGAUGCGGGGAACAACCGAUAUCUCCAACAAGCAUCUCAUCAAGGAUGGCCAUCUGUUGAUGUUUUACCAAAUGUAGCAGUUCAAACAUUGGAUGAGCUUGGAUUUUCUGCCUCUGCAAGUUCUAGUGAUUUCUUUCGUAUGCUCACUGAAGCGGACUCAAGUGUAAAAGAUGCAGGAAUGCUUGGUGAUGCAAAUAAAGGAGCCCUGGAGAACUUACCAGCUGAACAGCAAAUAAUAGCUCCAAUGGGUGGAAUUAUGAGAAGUUCUGGAAAGCAACCUGCAGUGGAAGAACAAAUAAACCAGCUGGGAGUGCAGUUUUUAAAAAAGAGAGGCAGAAAGAGGAAAACUCCAUUGAGUUCUCUGGCACCUGCUGGGAAAGAGAAAGCUACUGUCGCUGGAUUUUCUGCGCUUGCACAUGCUCAAGCUGGUUUUGCUGCAUUUGCCCACACUCAAGCUGAACGGAAAGACAACUUUAAAGAGGUUAGUAGCCUUCACACAAAUUAUAACAAGCUCCUAUGUUGCCACAUUAAUUCAAAAGGAGAGUUGUUGGCUACUGCUGGACACGACGGGAAGGUUCUGAUUUGGGAGUUGGAAAAUAACAAUGUUUAUAGUGGAGAAGGUCAUGCUCAUCAUGUCACAGAUAUCCGUUUUAGACCAAACUCAACAUUGUUUGCGACUUCUUCCUUUGACCGAACUGUGAAGAUAUGGGAUGCAGCCAAGCCAAGCAACCCUUUCCAAAACCUUGUCGGGCAUAUUGAGCAUGUGAUGUCAGUAGAUUUUCAUCCGAGAAAUGCAGGUCUCCUCAGUUCUUGUGAUAGCAACGAUGACAUUAUACUGUGGGAUGUCACUAAGGGUGAUCGCAAACUCAUUUUUAAGGGAGGGAGUAGACAAGUUAGAUUUCAGCCUCGACAUGGGGACUUUUUGGCAAGUUCCAUCGGAAAUAUGAUAAAUAUCUUUGAUGUUGAGACUAACAACAUCCAAAAACAGUUACAAGGCCACAUCAAAGACGUCCGCUCAAUCUGUUGGGAUGGAAGUGGGAAUUACCUGGCAUCCGUGAGUGAAGAUAGUGCACGGAUAUGGUCUGUUAGUGAAGGAAAGUGUCUACAUGAAUUGUGCUCUAGUGGCAAUAAGUUCCAGUCGUGCACUUUCCACCCUGGAUACGCUCAAGUGUUGGUGAUUGGUUCCUUUGAGUUCCUGGAGCUGUGGAAUCCGUUCUUCCAGAGCAACAUAACUCGGCCAUAUAGUGCACAUGCUGGUAUAAUUUCUUCAUUAGCAGAUUCACCUUCGAAAGGAACCAUAGCUUCUGUGAGUCAUGACCAGUGGAUCAAGAUAUGGCGAUGACGUCUCUUUGUGUAUCAAGAAACACCAAUCAUUCUUUCUUCUUUCUCUUAUCCAAAUUACAUCAAUAUUUGCAUGAAACGGCAGUUGCAUACACCCUUUCGCUAACAAGGGUGCAUUUGGAACCAAGGAAGGUGACAGUAUUCUUGGUCAUCACCUUUGUUUUGAGUUAUUCGAAAGACUGAAUCAGUCACAAACUUAGACCAUUGUUUCAAAUUCAUCUGUUCUAUUUAAUCGUUUGGAAGUUGAUAUUUAAUUUUAGUAUUCAA